ACAUUAUCUGUGAUAAAAUCACUAUAUAUAACUGGGGUAGUUACUGAGAAUUUGUAUCAGUCUCCACCUAAGUUUGUUAGGAUAAUAAACACUCUGCCAUUCUUAACAGUACCCUAAAAACCACCUUCUACCAAAAUGAACUCCAUGAUUGUUGCUCUUCUCGUUGUAUGCGCUGCUGCUUCCACCCAAGCCCUCUGGGGAAGAUCCGCAGCUUUGGUUGGACCCGGAACUCCAGGUGCCCUGAUCCAGGGACCUGCUGCCGAAGGAGAGCUUUGGGGACCUGAUGGUAGUCGCAUUGCUGCUGCGGGGCAAGCUGGCGCCAUUGCUGCCCCACCCCUACCAGGCGGCGUCGUUCGAGCUUCUGUAGUUCCAGGAGUUAUCGGUCUAGGACUCGGAGGUGGACUUGGAGGUGGUCUUGGAGUUGGAAUUGUUGGAGCUAGAGUUUGGUAGGGUCCACGAGGAAAAAUUGAAAUGAGGAAGAGGGGGAUGAUUUAAUUUGGUUGUGAUGUUAUUAUAAAUAAAAAAAAUCAGAACUACAAA